AUGACAGCAAUCGAGAUUCCCGCGACCCAAGCCAAGCACGCCCUUCCUCACCUCCGUCGAUCCGAGAAUGGCCAGAUCCAGCUCAUCGUCAAGGGCAAGCCCUUCCUCAUGCUCUCCGGCGAGCUGCACAACUCGUCGCUGAGCUCGGCGAGGUUCAUGAGCGAGGUCUGGCCCAAUAUGAAGGAGAAUCACAUCAAUACCCUCCUUGGUUCAGUAACAUGGGAGACCAUUGAGCCUCGCGAAGGUCAGUUCGACUUUAGCGAGCUCGACCGCGUGCUCGCGGGCGCCCGUGAGCAUGACAUGCAUCUGGUGCUGCUCUGGUUUGGCACGUACAAGAACGGCAUCUCAACUUAUGCUCCCGGCUGGGUCAAGAAAGACCACAAGAGAUUCCCCCGCGUUCAGUGCCUUGAGGCCGGGGGCGUCAAGCGAACCAUCGAGAUGGUCACUCCGCUGAGCGAGGAGGCCUGCCAAGCAGACUCGCGUGCAUUCGCAGCCCUCAUGCGACAUCUCGCCGAGGUUGAUUCAGAGCAUAACACUGUGCUCAUGGUACAGGUUGAGAAUGAGACCGGACUACUGGGAGAUUCCCGAGACCGAUCCCGCAGAGCUGAAAAGGCCUUUGCGGAGCCAAUCCCCAGCCAGCUUCUAGAGCAUCUCGGCAAGGUCGAGACACACUCGCAAUUCAAGAAGCGUUUCCCCAAUGCUCCCAAGUCUGGGUCACACUCAUGGGACUCGGUCUUCGGUGCUGGACCUUCUGCCAACGAGGCCUUCAUGGCCUACCACAUCUCAUCCUUUGUCGGUCGCGUCGCCGCCGCUGGCAAGAAAGAAUACCCCAUCCCACUAUACACAAACACAUGGCUCAACUUUGAUGACCCCUCCCAACUAGACUUGCGAGGAGUUCCUAUCGUUGUUGGAGGCGGUGCCGACCCUGGUGUCUAUCCUUCAGGAGGCCCUUGUCCACAUGUUCUCGAUAUCUGGAGAUUUAAUACCCCAUCGCUCGACUUUUUGUCACCCGACUUGUACUUCCACGAUUACGAGACCGUGUGCAAAAACUACACCGAGCAGGGCAACCCUCUGUUCAUCCCCGAGCAGCGACGAGACGAGAACGGUGCCCGAAGAGUCUGGCUCUCAUACGCCACAUACGGAGCCCUCGGCGCGAGUCCCUUUGGCAUCGACACGGGCGCCGAAGUUGUCGGUCGCGAAUUCAAGCUUCUCGCUCAGACGUCAUCAUACCUAUUAAACGCCGCUCCCGAAGACCGAUUCGGCUUCUUCUUUGAUGAGGAGCCCUGCGACAAGUUCCCCGAACAAUGGACCCGUGUAUUCGGCGACAUCAAGGUCAUUGUCGAACGUUGCUUCGUCUUUGGCAAGCCCGGCCCCGGUGGCGGUAUGGUGAUCCAUCUCGGUGACUCCAAGUUCCUUCUUGUCGGACGGGGCUUCCACGUGCGCUUCGAGAGUGUACGCAAGGAGGCGACGUUCGCUGGCAUUCUGUGGGCAGAGGAGAAGGAAGUCGAUGCUGAGGGCAAACUUCAGACGUUGAGAAUCUUUAACGGAGAUGAGACGAGGAGUGGAGAGUUCCUCAUGAUGCCCAACGAUGACCCGGACUAUGGUGGUUUCCCAAUUGCAGUUACUGUUCCAGCACGAACAUGUAUCGCAGAAGUCGAGGCUUACUGGAUUGCUGAAGAUGAAGAAGACAGGUAA